CCACAUGCAAGAUCUUCGAAAAGAAAUCUCCAACCCCGAAUCUCCAAACACCAAACAUCCUCCUCCGCUUCGUCCAGAACCCCCAAAUCGGACUCCAUUCUAGCUGCCCUCACCAUGGCUUCUCUCGGGGAAGAUCUGCUUGGGGUUGUCAAUAAACUGCAGGAUCUGGUAUUCAAUACCAUCGGCACCGAUUCAGGUCUUGAUUUACCGCAAAUUGUCGUCGUCGGUUCGCAGAGCAGCGGAAAAUCGUCGGUGCUCGAGAAUAUUGUCGGGCGGGAUUUUCUGCCUCGUGGUGCCGGCAUUGUCACUCGUCGUCCACUCAUCCUUCAGUUGAUCAAUAUACCCAGCAGCAGUGAGGUGGAAGGCGACCAACCCGGACAACCGGCUCCGCCAGAACAGCCCGAAUUCGGAGAGUUCCUACACCAGCCCAACCGACGCUUCUAUGACUUCGCCGAGAUCCGUCGGGAGAUCGAAGCCGAGACGGCCAGGAUCGCGGGAAGUAACAAGGGAAUCAACCGAAGUCCCAUCAACCUGAAGAUUUACUCUCCCCAUGUCUUGAGUUUGACUUUGGUCGAUUUGCCUGGUCUCACCAAGAUCGCAAUUGGAGACCAGCCGGCAGAUAUCGAAAAGCAGACUAGGAAUCUUAUCUCCGAGUAUAUCGCCAAACCGAACAGUAUCAUCCUGGCCGUAUCACCCGCGAACGUGGAUAUUGUCAACUCCGAAGCUUUGAAGAUCGCUCGGCAGGUUGAUCCUCAGGGCAAACGAACAAUCGGUGUGCUCACAAAGCUGGACCUGAUGGACCACGGCACCAAUGCUUUGGAGAUUCUGUCAGGCCGUGUUUACCCGUUAAAACUGGGGUUCAUCGGUGUGGUGAACCGGUCGCAGCAGGAUAUCCAGGGCAACAAGCUGUUGGUUGAUGCUUUGAAGGCGGAAGCGGAGUUCUUCAGAUAUCACCCCGCUUACCGUAACAUGGCCCACCGUUGUGGAACACAGUUCCUUGCGAAGAGCCUGAACAGCACUCUGAUGGCGCACAUCCGAGAGAGGCUACCAGACAUCAAAGCUAGACUCAACACCUUGAUGGGUCAGACGCAACAAGAGCUCGCAUCUUAUGGGGAUAUGCACUUUAGCGGGAAGGAACACAGGGGUUCCCUCAUUCUGCAGCUGAUGACUCGGUUCGCCAGCUCGUUCAUUGCGUCUAUUGAUGGUACCUCUUCAGACAUCUCCACCAAGGAGCUUUGCGGUGGCGCCAGGGUCUACUAUAUAUUCAACAGUGUCUUCGGAAGCUCGUUGGAGUCGAUUGAUCCUACACAAAACCUCUCUGUGCUGGACAUUCGCACGGCGAUCCGGAACUCGACCGGUCCCAGACCCAGUCUGUUCGUCCCCGAAUUGGCGUUCGACCUGCUUGUCAAGCCCCAGAUCCGGCUACUGGAGAACCCUGCUCACCGCUGUGUGGAGCUCGUCUACGAGGAGCUAAUAAAGAUUUGCCACACAUGUGGAAGCACCGAGCUGUCGAGAUUCCCGAGACUGCAGGCCAAGCUUAUCGAAGUCGUGAGCGACCUUCUCCGGGAACGGUUGGGCCCGACGUCCCACUACGUCGAAAGUCUCAUCGCCAUCCAAAGGGCCUACGUCAACACCAAUCACCCGAAUUUCUUGGGUGCGGCAGCGGCGAUGUCGUCGGUUAUCCAGAGCAGGCAGGAGAAGGAACGGAAGGCACAAGCAUACGAAAGACGGAAAGAGCGUGGCGAUAGACGCAAGCCAACUGUCCUGCAUACGGCCACUGCCAAUGCAGCUCUCAACGGAGCUGAAGGAGCUGAUUUCGAUGAAAAUGCUCAGAGCGUUGUCGCCAGCAACCACACACACAAGCGAGUGCACUCUCGGUCCAUGUCACCUGCGCCUGGGCACUCCAUCGAGACUGGGCCUGUGUCAGGUGCCAUUAAUGGCAGACCCAACACCCCUCAUUCGUUCGGAGGAGGAGGAGGAGGAGCCGGCGGAGCUUCGGCAAACAAGGCUACCGAUUCUUUCCUGAACUACUUCUUCGGACAAGAGAAACCUCAGAGUGCCGGUGGUCCGAUGUCGAGAGCCGUCCAGGAGCAGGCAUUCAGCCCUAACUCCCGGAGACUCGACCGAGUGGAGCGUGAACAGAGCUACGAUGUUGCCCAACUCUCGCGAGACUUCGACGAUACCUCCAUGACACAGCAGCAGUCGCCAAUGAACCCGGAAGAGGCAGCUCUCACAGACCGGGAACAGCUGGAGACGGAACUCAUCCGUCGGCUGAUUUCGUCAUACUUCAACAUCGUCCGUGAGACGAUUGCCGACCAGGUGCCCAAGGCUAUCAUGCAUCUCCUCGUCAACCACAGCAAGGACGCAGUCCAGAACCGGCUCGUCACGGAACUUUAUCGCGAGGACUUCUUCAACGAUCUGCUCUACGAGGACGACAACAUUAAGGCCGAGAGAGAGAAGUGCGAGCGGCUACUGGAAACAUACCGUCAAGCGGCCAGGAUAGUUAAUGAUGUUGUUUAAAAGAAAAUUUGGUGUUUUUAGAAGUUUUGUCAUGUAGGUAUUGCUAUUGGUUGCCAAUUGUCUUGCAACCGACCGAUCGAUCUACAGGGUGGCGCAGUGGGUAGGCGGAAGCCUGCACCGGGGUUACUUUCUCACUCAACUAUUCUUCCUCGCUUUCUUUCUUUUUUUUCUUCUUUUCUGCGCUUUUCUGUCGGUGGAGUUUUCAUCGUUUGGGAAGCGGUGAUAGACACGGAU